GGCGGCGGCGGUGGUGCAGCGAGGAAAACAUUCCUCCCGGAAACGGCGCUCCGGCGGAGAGGUUCCGUGUGUGAGCCGAGCUUCCUGUGCAGGAGUGUGUGUGCACCGGAGGACAUGGAGGAGCCAGGUGAUGAAGGCGACGCCCCCUCACAUGGAGCUCAUAAGAAGAAACAUAAAAAACACAAAAAGCAUAAGAAGAAGCAUCACCAGGAAGUGGGCGGGACCUCCGGCUACUCCCCCCAUCACCAUUCCGACUCCUCCCACAAAUCUCCCCACAAACCGCAACUCAAACUGAAAAUCAAACUGGGAGGUCAAGUGCUGGGGACCAAGAAUGUCCCCACGUUCACGGUGGUCCCGGAGGUGCCGCAGUCUCCGCUCAGGGUGGUGGACGAGGACGAGGAGCCGAUGGAAGGAGUCCCUAUAGAGCAAUACCGGGCCUGGCUGGAUGAGGACAGUAAUCUGGACCCUCUGCCUUCCUCAGUGGGGCCCCCCCGGGAGACCGAGCAGGACGAGGAGAACCGCUGGUUGGACGCGCUGGAGAGAGGAGAGCUGGACGUCAACGGAGACCUGAAACGCAACACUGAUGAGUCGCUGCUGACCGCACGUCAGAAAGCCCUCCUACAGAAGCAGCAGACCCCGCCCAUGCCUCUGUACCCUCCCGCCGUCUACGCCCGCCCCCUGCCUGAGCUGUCCCAGGAGAUGUUGGUGAAGAGGGAGGAGAAGGCCCGGAAAAGACGCCUGCAGGCCGCCAAGAAGGCCGAGGAGAGCAAGAAGCAGACCAUCGAGAGGCUGACCAAAACCUCCAAGACGCGGGGCGCCAAACCCAGCCAAGGGAGGCGCGGACGCCAGCCGCCCUGCCCCACCGUCCGCUACCAGCACACCGCCCACGGCAUCACCUUGUCCUAUCCCGUGGGAGUGCCGUACCCAACCCCCGCCGAGCCACGCCCCGCUCUGCCGGCGCCACAGCUCUGCGGAGUCCGCGGCUGCACCAACCUCAAACGCUACGCCUGUUCCAAGACUCUGAUCCCGCUGUGCAGCCUCGAGUGCUACCGCAAGAACCUGGAGGGGGCGCCGGACACCACGGCCUGAGAUGGGACUGGAG